AUGAAGAUGGUACGCGCGUACUGGCCCGCUCUGUUGGUGAGUUUAUGUUCACUCCUCACUUUGAGUGAUGCUCAAAGUUGUUGGCGCAACACUUCAUGUUCUGGCCCUACCGAGAGUGCUUUCAGCGGGGAUUGGGAGAAGAACAUCUAUGCCCCGACGUCGCGAACAGUCCGACCUUCAACUCUAUCAAAUUUGAAAAUGAAUGCCAGCACCACUUCCUUACAUCCAACUAGAGCAACAUUACAUGGUAAUGGCUCUUUGGUAGUGUUCGAUUUCGGUAAAGAAGUCGGAGGCAUCGUUCACCUCGAGUAUAGUUCCAGCGGUAGUGGGGCACUAGGACUCGCAUUCAGUGAAGCUAAAGAUUGGAUCGGGGAGUGGUCGGACUCCUCGAACAGCUUGUACCAUGAUGGUGCCCUGUAUGCAAAUUUCAGUUCACCGGGGAGGCACUCCUACGACAUGCCGGAUCAGUAUCUGCGUGGAGGAUUUCGCUACUUGACCGUCUUUUUGAUCACCGAUAGCUCUGUGGAUGUGGAGCUGAGUGACUUGAAUGUUGAGCUGGAUUUCCAACCGACUUGGUCCAAUCUCCGCGCCUAUCAGGGUUACUUCCAUUGCAGUGAUGAGCUGUUGAAUCGUAUCUGGUACAGUGGCGCCUACACGCUGCAGAGCAAUCAAGUGCCGGUUGAUACUGGACGAAUCACCAGUGGGCUCAAGUCCGGAUGGUUGAACAAUGGAACUCUUGGGCCAGGCGAUACGAUCAUAGUCGAUGGCGCGAAGAGAGACCGUGCAGUCUGGCCUGGCGAUAUGGGCAUUGCCGUCCCAUCAACAUUUGUGAGCCUAGGAGAUCUUAACAGCGUGAAGUAUGCUCUUCAAAUCAUGUAUAACACACAGGAUAAAUCAACGGGUGCUUUUGCGGAGUCUGGACCACCCCUCAGCCAAACUGGCUCUGAUACCUACCAUAUGUGGUCCAUGAUUGGCACUUACAAUUACGUACUUUAUACUAACAACACCGACUUCCUUGAGGAGAACUGGGACGGCUAUCUUCAUGCCAUGGACUAUAUCUAUGGCAAGGUGACUUACCCCAGUGGUCUCCUCAACGUGACGGGUAUCCGUGAUUGGGCCCGCUGGCAGCAAGGAUACAACAAUACCGAGGCCCAGAUGAUACUAUACCAUACUCUGCGAACAGGUGCAACGCUUGCCUCGUGGGUCCAGGACUCUACAAAUCUCUCGGACACCUGGAAUUCAAGAGCAGAAAAGCUCAAAACCGCCAUCAACACCUACUGCUGGGACGAAACCUAUGGUGCCUUCAAAGACAACGCAACUGAAACAGUGCUCCACCCACAAGAUGCAAACAGCAUGGCGAUCCUCUUUAAUGUUGUCGACUCAAAACGCGCAGCUAGCAUCUCCGAUAAACUCACCAAAAACUGGACACCGAUCGGAGCCGUGGCACCUGAACUUCCUGACAAUAUCGCCUCGUUUAUCUCAUCGUUCGAGAUUCAGAGCCAUUUUGUCGUCCAGAGACCUAAUCGGGCACUGGAUCUGAUCCGUCGCAGCUGGGGUUGGUAUAUCAACAACCCCAAUGGUACAGAAAGUACCGUCAUUGAAGGGUACCUGGCAAACGGAACCUUUGGAUACCGCAGCAGUCGAGGGUAUGGCUAUGAUGCUUCUUACGUUUCCCAUUCGCACGGAUGGUCAUCUGGUCCGACUUCUGCAUUGACCGAGUAUAUUGUCGGUCUCUCCGUCAGUUCCCCGCUCGGUAUGACCUGGUCUAUCUCGCCACAGUUUGCGGAUCUGGAGUUUGCUGAAGCAGGCUUUGUGACCGAUCUUGGGAAGUUCCAGGCUUCUUGGACAAGAGAAUCGAAUCACUACACCUUGAACUUUACUGUGCCCGGUGGUACUGUGGGGAAUCUUAGUCUACCAUUUAUUACGGCGUCGAGGAAACCCUCAAUCACUAUCAAUGGGGACCAGGUGACAAAGCACGUCAUCUAUGCGGAUGAUACAGCGAUAUUUGGUGUGGAUGGAGGAUCUUAUAAAGUAGUAGUUCGAUAA